GCCACGGCGGCGCGCGGACUCGCCGGAGAGAGCAGCCGCAGCCAUGAGCGCGGUGCUGGACGUGUUGUGGGAGGACAGGGAUGUCCGCUUCGACAUUUCCCCGCAACAGAUGAAAAUGAGACCUGGAGAGGUCCUUAUAGACUGCUUAGAGUCUGUUGAAGAUACUAAAGGAAACAAUGGAGACAGAGGUAACUGCAAACUCAGGGAAACUGCUUGUGACAAAUUUGCGGAUUAUUUGGCGCUCAUUGUCAUUGCCCAGAGUCAAUCUUUCUGUUGGUUACAACUGCAUUAUAAAUAUAACUACAAGAACUGCCAACUCUAAAUUACGAGGGCAGACAGAAGCUCUGUAUAUAUUGACUAAAUGUAACAAUACACGGUUUGAGUUCAUAUUUACCAAUGUUGUCCCCGGGAGUCCCAGACUCUUCACUUCAGUUAUUGCUGUACACAGAGCUUAUGAAACUUCUAAAAUGUAUCGUGAUCUGAAGCUGAGAAGUGCAUUGAUUCAAAACAAGCAACUGAGAUUAUUACCACAAGAACAAAUAUAUGAUAAAAUCAAUGGAGUUUGGAAUUUGUCAAGUGACCAGGGAAACUUGGGAACAUUUUUUAUUACUAAUGUGAGAAUAGUUUGGCAUGCAAAUAUGAAUGACAGCUUUAAUGUCAGCAUACCAUAUCUACAAAUUCGUUCAAUAAAAAUAAGAGAUUCAAAGUUUGGCUUGGCACUUGUGAUAGAGAGUUCCCAGCAGAGUGGAGGAUAUGUACUUGGUUUUAAAAUAGACCCCGUGGAGAAACUGCAAGAGGCAGUGAAAGAAAUUAAUUCCCUUCACAGAGUUUAUUCAGCUAACCCUAUAUUUGGAGUAGAUUAUGAAAUGGAAGAAAAGCCUCAACCUCUGGAAGACCUAACAGUGGAGCAGGUUCAAGAUGAUGUGGAAAUAGAAUCUGAUGAACAUACGGAUGCUUUUGUGGCUUACUUUGCUGAUGAAAACAAGCAACAUGAUGGGGAGCCUGUUUUUUCAGAAGAACUAGGACUUGCAAUAGAGAAGCUAAAGGACGGAUUCACACUCCAGGGACUCUGGGAAGUAAUGACCUGAUUUAAAUUGGCAUGCCUUUGUUUCCUAAGCAAGGAAAGACGCUCGGUUCUUACUGGGCUUGUGAGAUCUGUAGAAGACAAUUUAGAAAUACCAGAGUAGCAGAGGAAGAACAUGGCAAAGCUAAAGAGCAGGCAAAUACUAGAUAAUAAGCCCUGAGGAUAUAUCAUAAAGCAAAGAUUAUUCAAAACCCUCGUAUGUGUAAAAGCUUUGUAUUUAUUGCAGUGUUUCUGUAAGUAGUGGAAGGACAACCAAUACGGAUUAUAAGAAGGGGCGGGGCCGCAACUGCUGCAGGCAGUCACGUGUUCCCCACGUCCCCAGAUGUCCCGCCCUUCCUCUGGUCAUACGGUGCUUUGUCCGUCAGGACCUGGAAGUCCCGCCCCACUACAUGUAUGGUGGCUGCCAUUUUAGUUUAGCCGCCAUUACCUAAAAUGUCAUACCCCACGUUUUCAUACGGCUUUGUGAUUGGCUGAGUGCGGGUUUUGGCACACUUGUACCCUAGGGGGUUUUGGGCGUGAUUGGCAGGACCAGCCACCCCAUCCUGCUUCCCCUAGAAGGCUGUCAGAGCAGGAAGCCCCCUCCCCUCACCAAUGCAAGGUUGGCCAUGGUGCUUCAGCCACCAUUUUAUGGCAGGGAGCCACCAUGUUUUUUACAACUUCGUGACCCAUGUGUGUACAUACUGCCCUGUGAUUGGCUGCCAGGACCAGCCAUGGCCUGCUAUGUUACCUGGACGGAUAUCAGAAAAGAAAAAUUCCAGUUGAGGUAGGGCAGUGUGUGGUAUAUAGUUUGAUGCUCAAUUUAAAGUAUUCAUGUAUUUACACACAGGGAUGUACUUUCUCGUAAUGAUUAUAUCUACAUCAAAUUUCCAUAACUGGUUUAAUGUUGUACAACAUAGAAAUAUCAUCAUAUGCAGAACACUCUGUAUCUAGGCAUAUUGGCUGUAUCAUUGCAGUGGUGCUGUGCUACUGAUAACUUUGAUAAAAAGCAAUACUGUUCCAAAUAUUAGUUUUCAUCUCUCAUAAUUCUGUUAAAUGUUCAGUACAUCUUAUUCCAGGUACUUAAUUGCAAUCUAGAUAGCCUCAUACAGUUUUUCCUUUUUUUUUUUGUCUAGAGCACUUUUUUUAAGGAAUGAUCUAGAAAAAAGUGCAUACACAAAUAGCUUCUCUGUCUGAGUCAUUAGACCUUUACGAUGUGUUAGAGAGAAAUGAGUCAUUUAUUGUUUAAAGGAAGAUGCAGCUGUUAGGUUUUUCUAGUGAGAUAAGACCUCCGCGCUAUUUUCUAUAAGUGGAAAAAGUCAAAUGAGCUCUCCUCUCAGCUGUUGUUUCAGCAGCUGACUGUUAUAGUAAAGUAACUGGUGUGAAUGUAAUUGCGGUGUUUGUAGACAAUCUUUCAAGGUAUACGUUUUAAUUAAAUACUACCUAUAUUGAAAAGCAAUCAUGAUUUUAAUAAACUUUGGUUACGUUAUA